UGCUAGGAGAGCUAAAGGACACAUCACCAGCCGCGUUGCUGGUUGCCCAUCAGGACCCCGUUUGCCUCGAGGCGACUCUCAAGGACAACAGUGGCCACCAUUUGCCUAGGAAGAAAUUGGGGCUUUUUGACAUUUCCUUCAUAUAGAUGCAUGUUUCAAUGUCAAGAGGAGCCGCUGUUUACUGGGAUCUCUUUGCACAUUAAAAAGCGCCUGGGGGCUUUCCUUACCCCCCACCGCGGGGAUUGACAGGACAGUUGAGUUUACAUCAGUACUUGCCCUGGUAAACUGAUCGAUCACAAUCCAAAGAAGCGUUAGGUGAGCUGAAAUCCACUGAUUAUAAGUGGGCUUAAGAAUACCUAAUUCUAUACUGACGUAUAAAGAGAGGUUUUUGACUGCUGGUACAUGCUGGUGGGAUAUCCAUAAAGCGAUCAUCCAGGAAUGGUGGAUCACUUUCUUCCUGCGGAUGAAUCUUUCUCAUCCACAAGACCCACUAUUGGAUAUUUUGGGGACAUGACAGCUAUUGGGCAGUCAUACCAAAUGCUGCCUUCCCCUUUGUCAGAAGACGACAGUGAUUCUUCAAGCUUUUGUUCUUGUUCCAGCCCUGAUUCCCAAGUUCUUGGUUCAAGCUAUGGGAGUUCAUCAAGUAUGGAAAGUCAGGACAGUAUCUUGGACUACUUGUUGUCCCAAGCAUCUUUUGGGAAUGGCCCUUCCUCUUGGUGGGAUAAAAGGAGACUUCAGCCCAUUGUGAAGGAGGAACAUUUUAGGAUGCCAGAGUUUAUGGUGGAGAUGGAAGAUUCUGGACCAUUUCAGCCCACCCUUGAGGAGAUUGAGGAGUUUCUAGAAGAGAACAUGCAAGCAGACUUCAAGGAAGGGCCUAAAAGUGAGACCAAAGACAUAAGAGCAUGUAGCCAGAUUACCAUGGCUUCCAUACAGCAAAAAGACCACACGGUGCCAAGUAAUAAUUUAAAAGACAGUAAAAGUGAACAAUCAAGCAGCACAAUGGAAAGUAGCCAUGCAUCAAAUGGAGGAGUGUCCCUUGAUGGAGGGAUACCGGUCAUGCUCCAAAUCCAACCAGUGCAAGUGAAACAGGCAACAAACACGAGCCCUAGUUCACAAGGACCAGUGCAAGAGAACAUUAAAAUUGCACAACUCCUAGUCAACAUCCAAGGGCAGACAUUUGCACUUGUGCCACAGCUUGUUCAAUCGUCCAACUUGAACUCAUCCUCCAAAUUUGUUCGCAUAGCCCCAGUUCCAAUUGCUGCAAAACCUCUUGGACCAGGAGGUACAAUCCAGGGUCAAACUGGCGUAAUCAUGGGUCAAAAGUUUCAAAAGAACCCUGCAGCUGAACUUAUUAAAAUGCACAAAUGUACUUUCCCUGGAUGUACCAAGAUGUACACUAAAAGCAGCCAUUUGAAAGCCCACCUGAGAAGGCACACAGGAGAAAAACCUUUUGCAUGCACUUGGCCUGGUUGUGGAUGGAGGUUCUCCCGAUCAGAUGAGCUUUCUCGACAUCGGAGGUCCCACUCUGGAGUGAAGCCUUACCAGUGUCCAGUGUGCGAGAAGAAAUUUGCUCGAAGUGACCACUUGUCCAAGCAUGUCAAAGUUCACCGGUUCCCUAGGAGCAACCGCUCCAUGCGUUCCAUUAACUGAUGCCUCCUGGCCCGCACCUUUUCACUUCUCCGUCCAAGAACAGCCACUGGCAGCACUUUGUCCUGUAUCUUUCUUGUGAUAAUUUAUUGGUCUCCAUGUAACAGGCCACAUCAUGACUAAACAGAGCCCCCCCCCCUGCAUCCUGUGUUUUGCCUCAACACCAUUUUUGCCUUAUUGCUUCCCUUUUCUUUGUUGCUGCCUCUUCCUUUGAAAAUUAUAGUAUUUUAUUUUUAGCUGUUUUCUCCUGCAUCGAUGUAAUUUAUGGGCUACUUGCUGCUAGUUAAUUAUAGUUCUGGCAUUCCUGAGGGCUUUGCUGAUGUACAGGGCUAUUCAUUGUGAGUUUUUAUUAAGCUGGCCUAUUUGUCCAGUUUGGAAACAGCAAAUUCCUUUGGAAAUGAAAACAACUCAUUUGUUUUUGUGGGAUGUCAUUUUUUUUUAAUGCUGCUGCUGGUGCUGGUGGUGGUGCUGUGUUUUUU